AUGGUAAACCAUUCGGCGAGAGAAGUCAAAAUCGAAAUUGACUGUUCUCUAGAUAUGGCCCCGAGAGAAGCAACGAUCAUGAAGACGCUACCGUCAGAUUUGGAAGCUCUGAGGAUGAUACACAAUGGUCAUCCUUGUGUCAUCAAAGGGUUCUCACCUCUUUCAGAAUCCGCUGAAGGGCAUGACUGGAGCAAGUCGAAGGUUUAUGAGGAUGUAGCGGGUGAUAAAAAGGUCACUGUUGCUGUCACAGACGAUGGAUGGGCAGAUUCAGUAAGGACGUUGCCCAAUGGACGCAAGACGUUUGUCAAAGCUCUCGAUGCGAAAAUGACCAUCAAAGACCUGGUGUCUCGUCUAGGGAACAGGAAACCUAAAGAAGACCGAGAAGCAUACUACCUCCAAUCCCAGGACGGCAACAUCUACCGAGACACGCCUCACUAUUCCGGCGAUCCUGAAGAUCUAAACAUGUUCCAAGAGUAUAUCAAGAGGGACGUGGAAUGGAUGAAAGGAGCUGUCGGCAGAGAGUCGGAGGCUGUGAAUCUCUGGAUUGGCGAUAGUCGGAGCACUACGUCCCUGCAUCAUGAUCCUUUCGAGAACAUAUAUCAUGUCCUUGCUGGAUCCAAGAUAUUCACACUCUUGCCUCCGAUCGAGACCGCCCACCUGAAACAACGAUUUUAUGCCCCUUCAACUCUUCAACGCGACGAGAACAAUGACCUUGUGCCCGUCCUCGACCCCGCCCUGGCUCGACCUUCCUCGUCCUCCUCAUCGAGCUUUUCUUCCAGCAGAGACGGACCUCCAAAGAUCCCUUGGGUGGCUUCCAAACAGACACCCAAAUCAUCUCGAAAGAUCAGAGUAACAUUGAAAGAGGGAGAGACGCUCUACCUGCCGGCUGGUUGGUGGCAUCGUGUAGAACAGGAGGAGGGCGACGAAGGGCUGGUAGUGGCAGUAAACUAUUGGUAUCAUCACGAAAUACACCCUGCGCAAUACGCCCACGAACGUCUCUUCCGCCGAGUUGCUAUCGCGAGUGGAUUGAAGGAGAGUGUCGUGCCGCCUAUGGGGGACGAAGUUGCAGACGAGAUCUACGAGAGUGACCCAGACGGCGAGGAGUAG